AUGACUAAUCAGGAACAAGAAAGCAUAACCAAUCAAUUUUCAUCUAACGAUAUAAUCGAUGAUCAAGACACUUGUGAAUCAGAAGAUGAAUACAUAUCUGAAGAAUCAGUUACUUCUGUUUUGAAGCCUGCAUUAAGUUUUGCCAAU